AUGGUUGUUUCAGUGUCAGAUUUUCGUUCAGCAUCAACGCUCACAGAAGCAAGAGGUCCACCAUCAAGCGAUACCGUAAUUGUUGAUACAAGUAACGGCACCACUGUUGAUGGUUUUGGUCAAUCAGGAACCACUAGUAGUACCAGCACCAGUCAUCAUCAUCAUCAACCAUUGGGUGAUGAAGUAACGUAUGUUACUAGCAGUAACAAUUUAACUAUACCCGCAACAGCAGCAGCAACAACAACCACACUUAGACCAACUACUGUAGCUGCAGCAACGGAAGUUGGCUUUUUAACAAGUGAAGCAGAGGGUACCGUGGAGACGGUGGUAGUUCGGUCAAGUGAUAUCAGUGGUAGUGACGAGUCACAGCAAUUAAGUCUGAUGGAUGCCUAUCCAAUAGGACAAGUUACAUCAACGUACUAA